AUGGGGAGCCUAAGGUUGAGCAAAAUUGUUGUUGUUGCAUUAGUCGUUUGUCUCUCCAUCCUGCUCUUAUCUCCUACAGAAGUGGAGGGGUUAAUUUGUGACGUCGCAACCAGUCCGUGUAAAGAUUAUUCCCGAACCUCCGAUGCCUUUUGCAAGGACAUAUGCGUGAUGGAGAGUGAUAUGUUUACUGACGGCGUUUGCAGGUCUUCGGGGGGAGAUGGGCUAUAUUGCAUGUGCUGCCGUGACCGUCAUGGUAUCAGAGCUUCAAAAGAAACCAUGAGAUUCCAAAAGAUAUAA